AUGACUGAGCGUCGAGAGAACGCGGCGCAGGACGCAGUCAUCAAGGUGCUUGUGCUGGGCGACACAGCGACCGGCAAGACGAGCUUCAUCAAGCGAUACGUGCAUGACAUGUUCACCGAGCACCACCGCACGACGAUUGGCGUGGACUUUGCACUGAAAGCAGUGACGGUUUCUGGAACGACUGUGCGCCUGCAGCUGUGGGACAUUGCUGGCCAAGAGCACUUCCGGGCUCUCAAUCGAGUCUACUACAAGGACGCGCUGGGAGCGCUGCUCGUGUACGACAUGUCGCGUCCCGAGACGUUUGAUAGCAUUCUCAAGUGGAAGAAAGAGAUUGAUGCCAAGGUGGAGCUGCCCAAUGGCAAGCCGCUGCCUGUUAUUCUAUGCGGCAACAAGUGCGACCUAAAAGAAGAGGUGGACCGAGAAUUUCUGGACGAGUUCUGUGCGACGAACAAUUUCACGGGAUGGUUCGAUACCUCAGCCAAGGAGAACGUCCACAUUGACGAAGCUGCCAAGGCGCUGGUCGUGGGUGUGUUGGAGCACCCAGAUAUCUUCGAGCGGAAAUCUGAAGCGAAGAAGCACCACGAGGCGUUCCGCCCUACGAGUGCUGCUAACAGGGGCAACACCGAUCGAUCUGGCUGGUGCUGCAACAGCUUCUGA